AUGGCGGCAUCACUGUUUACUUUCUCCUCCACCUCAAGAAGAGUCAUCCCAGCUCCAAACUCUCCUCCUCUUCCCAUAUACAUCAAAGCCACAAAUGUCGUCUUCAACCCUGAUAUACCAGAUGUUCAUCGUGGUCUUGGACUUGAUGAUUUUGUCAAUUUUCUAGUAUCUUGCAGACUUCGAUAUGCUAUCAGUGAGGUUCCAUCAGAGUUCUUUCCCAAACAAGUAUGUGAGUUCUACUACACCACACCAGUCAAUAAUGAAAACAACAUCAUCUCCUACAAUAUUGGGUGUGGCCGUCGCUCAGUUUUCAUCAACGCUGAUCUCCUCCGUACUGCACUCAGGUUACCAAUUUUUGAACCGUUCUCUAAGCUUCCAACUAUUGAACGCUGUCGACGCCUCUUUUACCAACUGGGCUAUGAUCACUCCAAGGCUGGUGCUCGACCAGCUCUCAUUCUACAUCAAUGUAUGACUCUUGGAUGGAAGUUCUUCAUCGGGGCACUUUGUAAGUGUAUAGGCCACAAAUCUCGCAGUGGUUAUCAACUGAGUGCUUUUGAGCAACAAGUGGUAUGUUUACUUCUCCUCAACAAAUGUGUUGAUUAUGGGGCUUUCUUCUUCGAUCAGCUUGUCCAACUUCUUCGGGCCAAUGUAAGAGCUGAUCAUGUUCCGUUUCCACGCUGGAUUGCUCUUGUCCUGGAUAAAUUUUAUGCUGAAGCCUAUUACUCACACGCUGGAAACCCCAUCCAAUGCCCACGCAUGUCAGUACGAAUGUAUCAGGAUGAUCCACUGGCCAAUGACAUCGUCAUCUCUGAUCGGAUGCGAGAAUGGAUCGUGAAUCCAUAUACCAUUCCUUCACUAAACGCUGACACUGACGAAGGAGCUGCUGAUAACGACGAAAUUAAUGCUGAAAUACAAGAAGGUUGUCAUAUUUCCCCUCAACUUUCUCAUCAUACUAUUUCUGUCACUGAAAGGGUUCAUUCAGCUCAUGGGGAGUCAUCUGCUCAGGGGGAGCAACCAUCUCAGGGGGACCAACCUUCUCAGGGGGAGCAACAUCGAUCACAAGAAAUUCCAGGUACUCAGCUCAUUCAAAUUCCGGCCUCAGCGUUUAAUGAGCUUCUUACACUGACUCGAGAUAUGAGUCAGCGUCUUCUACGUAUUGAGGCUGAUGUCAACCAAUUGAAGGGAGUUAUUCUGUCAACUCCUUCCCCUUGCCCAAAUGAUGAUGAUGAUCAAAAAGGGGGAGAAACUGAUUCUGUUGAUAGAACCUGUGAGCAUGGAUCUAGGGAGAACAUUGUAAAACAGACCAAGCCAUCACAGCCUGAGCACGAGUCUGAGAGACCAGCAGAAACUGAAAAGCCUACUGAAGAAUGUGAACAUGAUGAUGAGUGUCAGACGUUGGACAUGAACUUCAUAGAUCCCACUGUGCCAGUUCAAGCCAGCCAUGGGGCCGGGUAUGUUCGAUUCAGGCCUUGUCCAGACGAUUCUUUCGAUAGAUAUCCGAUGACGUUCGAAGUCUGCAACCUACCAGCGUGCGACUGCUUUGCAAGCUUUUCUCACCUACAUCAUUUCAUCGCCUUCAUCUAUACGUAUUCUUCCUUUUUGACUUUUCCGGUGUUCAAAACCUGCUCCGCCUCUCGCAUACUUACUCUUUCCCUAAUCAAGGGAAUGGGGCGAUGGCAGGUAAGUAUAAACGUAUGGAUGCCUGUUGUUACAGAUCCAUAUGAGUUCAAUCUUUCACAAUUACGGUUUAUCUCUGGUUCAUUUAGCAAAGAUCUGAACAGUAGAAGCCUGUUGGCAGAGUGUGUUGGUGAAGAUAUAGAAGAUUUGGAACAUACACCAAAAGCUGAAUUUGAAGGAUACUUUAAAGUGACAAAUGUGAUACAUCGUGGUUCCCACCAUCUUCUCCUGAAGGCCUUGAAGAGUAAGACAAGAUUGAGAGGUGAAAAAAGGGGCUAUUUGCUACAAGAUCACCACGUCCAUUCCCAAAUUGGUCAUAUAGUCACAAAAGCGUAUAACAGAGUGCUUGAGAAGCCAACUCCUGAAACUAGAGAAGCAGGAGUUACAAGUAACAUGCACUUUUUUGAUUCAGAUGGCAUGAACAAGAAGUAUGACACCCCUGAACAAAGUAUUGGAGGGGCUUUUGAAGGAAGGAUUGUUUGA